CGCCAAAGCCGAGGCACCGGGAGCAGAAUGACCACAACCCCUAGCACUUGCCGCAAUGGCCUGAACCCCAGGUACUACAGACUUUGUGACACAGAUGUAGUUUGGGGCAUCGUCUUGGAAGCCGUGGCCGCGGUUGGGGCUGUGACCUCAGUGGCCUUCAUGCUCGCUCUCCUGGCCCUCGUCUGCAAGGUGCAGGACUCCAACAAGCGGAAGAUGCUCCCGGUCCAGUUCCUGUUCCUCCUGGGUGUGCUGGGGGUCUUCGGCCUCACCUUUGCCUUCAUCAUCAAACUGGACAGCAGCACGGGGCCCACGCGCUUCUUCCUCUUCGGUGUCCUCUUCUCCCUCUGCUUCUCCUGCCUCCUGGCUCACGCUUUCAACUUGACCAAGCUGGUCCGCGGCUGGAAGCCCCUGUCCAUGAUGGUGAUGCUGGGCCUGGCCGUGGGCUUCAGCCUGGUGCAGGACGUCAUCGCGAUUGAGUAUGUCGUCCUCACCAUGAACAGGACCAAUGCUGACAUCUUCGCUGAGCUUUCUCCUCCUCGGCGCAAUGAAGACUUUGUCAUGCUGCUCAUCUUUGUCCUCUUCUUGAUGGCGCUGACCUUCCUCAUGUCCUGCUUCACCUUCUGUGGGCCCUUCACUGGCUGGAAGAGACACGGGGCCCACAUCUACCUCACCACGCUCCUCUCCAUUGCCAUCUGGGUGACCUGGAUCACCUUGCUCUUGGUCACUCCUACCCCUGACACCGUGUGGGAUGACACCAUCCUCAGCUCAGCCUUGGUGGCCAACGGCUGGAUUUUCCUGUUGGCUUAUGUUGCACCCGAGUUUCACCUGCUUACGAAGCAACAGAACCCCAUGGACUACCCUGUUGAGGAUGCUUUUUGUAAACCUCAAUUCAUGAAGCAGAGCUAUGGUGUGGAGAACAGAGCCUACACUCAAGAGGAAAUCACUCAAGGUCUUGAGGAGCCGGGCGAUGCCACCUACGCCCCUUAUACCACCCAUUUUCAGCUGCAGAACCGGACCUCCCAGAAGGAUUUCUCCAUUCCACGGGCCCAGACCCGGGUCAGCCCUUACAAUGACUAUGAAGGAAGAAAAAAUGGCAGCUAGCUGUUCUGAAGAGUGGGAUGAACACAGCGAGUCAGCAGGACUAAUGGGGAGUUUGAAGGGAUGUGGGCUGAAUCCCGAGUCUUCUAAGGAAACCCUACAAAACAUUUUGGGAAGACCCUACCUCCCUGCCAGCCUCAACCACUGUUCCUGUGCCCUGGAGUUGCGGGGGGCCAGCAUGACCCAGUUCCUAGCAGCACUGUACUUUUCCUCCCUUGUCCCACACCCAGGAUGCUUCUUCUAGGUGGGAGUCUUAGGAGACUCAGGGUCCCCCUCUUACUAUUCCUUGUCACUUUACCUGUGACUAAAGCUCCCGUCAUCUGACUGUACUGGCUCAUUCAACUUCAGGAACCAAAACUCAGAGCUGGUUUUGUGAGGAUUGCUUGGCCCAGAGCAGAACUGCAAAUCUGAGCAAAAAUAGCAAAGGGCUGUCUCUCAGCCCCUCCCUGCCUAAAUCUACACUGGAAGCCAACUUACUGGCACCCUCCCUUCUUGCCUGGGUCGGAGAGGCUAAAGAUCACCCUAAAUGUGCUCAUCUCUGUGGUGCUGCCUAACACAGGGCCUCUGUGGGUCCCCAGCACCAAUCCACAGGCCCCCCUUCUCUCCUGGGAUCACUCCUAAACUUGCUGUCAACACCCUCCAGCCCCUGAGACUAAUCUCCCCAACAUGUUUUACCAGGAGUUUUCCUUCUGGACCUCACUGGCGUGGGCAAACCCAGUCUCUCUCUGCCAGGAGCGUCUGUGUACUGUUCCCUCUCUGUUCCUGGCACUGAUCCGAAUCCCCGCCCCUGUGACUAGAUUUGCACUGUGCUCACCUCCUGCAUUCUGUGCGCUGCAUUGUCUACAGAGAGGGAGUGCUCCUUGUAUCAUAAGUUAUUCACCGUCCUUUACCUGGAGAUGCAAUAAAGACGUGGUGGCAACUCUUU